UACGUGCUUUGACUCCGCCUCUCCACUGUCCCUGCCUCGCGCUCACAGUCUCACUGCCCCUCUCCAGAGCAGCGGACGGAGCCCACCACCAUUCGUCGCUGCUGCUGCUGCUGCUGUUGUUUUCCUGUGCUGAUCUACUGAUAUAAUGGCUUCCGAUGGUAUGGAUGAACGAUCCCCAUUGUUGUCAGCACCGAACUCGGGGAAUGUCACGCCCACCGCACCCCCGUACCUGCAGGACUCGAACCCGAGAGCCGAAUUACCUCCACCCUACACAGCCAUUGCCAGUCCAGAUGCAGGGGGAGUGCCUGUCAUUAAUUGUCGAGUGUGCCAGUCUCUUAUCACUCUGGAUGGCAAACUCCAUCAGCAUGUGGUGAAGUGCACCGUCUGCAAUGAAGCUACGCCUAUAAAAAAUCCACCAACAGGAAAGAAGUAUGUUAGAUGUCCUUGCAACUGCCUGCUAAUCUGUAAAGACACGUCUAGGAGGAUAGGAUGCCCUCGGCCCAACUGCAGACGGAUCAUCAACCUGAGCCCUGUGAUGGUGAUCCCAGAGGAGCAGCCCGCCCAGCCAGCUCUACCAGUCCAGCCUGAGGGCAUGCGUGUGGUCUGCGGCCACUGUGGCAACACAUUCCUUGGCAGCGAUGAUGAGUGGUCCCAGUCUGCCUCAGGCCUGGCUAUUCGCGGCCCCUCUGAUCUUUUCAAGUGGAUGGAGCUCCGAUUCAAUACGCUGGCCAAGUGCCCACAUUGCAAAAAAAUAUCUUCUGUAGGCAGUGCUCUACCCAGAAGGCGCUGCUGUGCCUACAUUACAGUAGGAAUGAUCUGCAUUUUCAUUGGUAUCGGUUUAACGGUGGGCACUCAGGACUUUGCCAGGCGUUACCACGCUACUUACGUGUCCUGGGCCUUCGCAUAUCUCCUGGGUCUCAUCUGUCUGGUACGAGCCUGCUAUUGGGGAAUGAUUAAAGUCAGCUAUCCAGAGAACACCUUUGCAUAGACAAGACAAAGCGUCCAUCCUUCAAGUCCUUUAGUGUUUGUUUUUCUCUUGAUCUGAACAGGUUAACCGUUGGAUGCUUAGUCCUGUUACAAGAGUUUAAGAAUCCAGGGGAUUUAGGUACCUUCAAAUGUUUUCAGAUUGAGUUAUUGAUUAGCUCUUAUAUUUCUCUUACUGAUUUGAACCCGCAAUAUGAUUACUUGAGGAAUUAAAGUGAAAUCAGUGAUUCUUAAACUAGAAAAAUAAUAUGAAUAAUCCAUUUGUGGUACGCCUCUUGGAUUUGUCACGGUGAGUGGAUA